AUGCUAAAACGUAUUCAAUCCGGUAACACGGUAUCAUCAGCCUCUUCUUCUUCUUCGGGUUAUAAUUAUUCAAGUGGUGGUCAGAGUAGUAGUAGUAGUACUGGUAGUGGUGGUGGUGGCUCCUCUUCUCCCACUCUCCGAGACCAACAACAAGAACAUUUCAAGAAAAUUCUUGCUCAACUUUUAAAAUUACCCUGCAAUGCGGAAUGUGCAGACUGUACAGAAGCUCGUCCUGUUUGGUGUAGUGCUACAUUUGGUACUUUUAUUUGUUUGCGAUGUGCUGGAAUUCAUCGUUCAUUAGGUUCUCACAUUUCUUUUGUAAGAAGUGCUGAAAUGGACAAGUGGGAUGAAAAACAUGUCAAACUCAUGCAAUUAAUGGGAAAUGAACGAGCUCGUGAAUAUUUUGAACAUGAAUUACCAAGUGAUAAAAAGAAACCCUCUCGAUUGGACUCUACAAAUGUUGUUGAACAAUUUAUUAAGGAUAAAUACGUGAAUUUGAAAUAUGUCCCUAAAAAAGAGGAUGGAAAAAAGAUGACAUUUAGAGAAUUUUUGGAAUUGGUCAAGAAUUCAACUGUGAAAAAUUCUGAUGAAUCAACAAGUAAUGAAAAGAAAAAGAGUAAAUCUUCCACAAGUGGUGAAGUGAAAAAGAAGAAGAAAAAACCAACAAAAACCAACAAUGAUGAUGAACAGAGUGUUGAAUCAAUUGUCGGAGUGUCACCAAAUUCAUCAUCAGUGAAUUUUACAUUUGACGAUUUACUGUCGAGUCCAUUAAGUGAAUCAUCAACUCCAGUCAGUACUAGUACCAAUCCUACUACUACCACACAAUCUCAGCUCAACACCAAUGCUGAUCCAAAUACUUUGAUGGGAUUUUUAAGUGAUAAACUUUCAUUGGUUGAUUUGGGUAGUAGUAAGACAAGUCCAACUCCCACUUCUGCUGCUGUGAAUGUUAAUCACACUACUAUGGUUAAUAAUACCAAUGCUACUACUACCAAAGAUUCAAAAAGUACUACAGCCAAAAAGAAGACUAAAAAGUCUGUUAAGGCCAUUAAAACUUCUUCAUUCGAAGAAGAUGACGAUGAAGAAGAUGAAUAUGAUGCAAUUUUCCAAAAACCAACAUCUUCAACAACAUCAGACAUUUCACAAGAACAGAAAAAGAAUGCAAUUUUAGAUUUAUGGAAAUAA